GAUAUUCAAAUGAGAUAUAUAAACAGAAAAGGCAAAAGAAAUAAAAGAGAGAGAGAGACGGGAUGCAGGAUCUCCAAUCUCCUAACAUACGAUCUUACAAAUCGUAUGAAGGAGAACGGAACCUCCAACUAGUUGAUCCUGUCGAUUUAAAACCGGUUAGAGGAAUCUAUGUUGUCAGAGAAUCAAAGCGUAAUCGAUCUCCCAUGACAUCAGAUCUAUGGCGCAAAAUUUCAUACAAAGACAUGCCGGUUAAAUCGAGAAGACCUCCUUCUCAUUCAAAAACGUUCAAAGGAUGGUGGAACGAUCCUGAGAUAAAGAGAAAGAGACGAGUGGCGAAAUACAAGCUUUAUUCAGCUGAGGGAAAGGUUAAGAAAUCUUUGAAAAAGAGUUACAAAUGGAUUAAGAUCCAAUGCGCUAAGAUUAUUCAUGGAAUAUAGCUUUCUAAUGUGUUUUAUUGCUUAGUAGUUUGAUUUUUUUUUUAAAUAAUAAAAUCGUGUGUUUGUUUCAUUUAUUUGAUUA